AUGAUAAAGUUUGAUCUAUUGAUAAAACAGUCCAUCACUUUCUCUCUCUCUUCAGCUGCUGUCUGUGACUCCGAUCCUGUCCUGAAGGUGGAUGAUGCUCACUCUAGUUCGGUGGUCCUGACACCUAUAUCAGAGGUCUCGUCUGCAGACCUGUCUGUGUCCUCCCCUCACUUCCAGAACCCGGACGGUCCACUCGAACCCACCGCUGCCACCAGCGAGACAGGUGCACAGCAGGACAACCCUACGGAGGACACACCGGCAGAGAAGGACCCCAAAAAGACCAAAAAACAUCUGCAUUGCCCCGUCUGCAAAGUCACAGUUAACUCCACCGUUCAGAUGGAUGCUCACAAUAGUGGCACCAAACAUAAACUAAUGAUGGAAGGCCAGAGUGUGUUGCCACGGCGACGAGGGAAGACACUGUCGUCCCGCCCCUCAUGUAAAAGCAAGCGAUUGGCCAGUAAAGGGAGUGUGGGCGUGGCCAGCAAGAGCUUCUACUGUGAAGUUUGCGAGAUCCAUGUUAACUCUGAGACUCAACUCAGCCAGCAUAUGAACAGUCGAAGGCAUAAGGAUAGACUGGCUGGAAAACCCCCGAAGCCCAAGUUCAACCCUCAUACCAAGAGUCAGCCUACCUCAGCAGCCUCGCAUGACAGAGAGGAAAGGAAAAAGAGAGAGGAAGUUACACGGGGGAGGAUGCUAGGAAACAAGCUCUUCAUGAUACAAGGAGGUGUCAGAUGGAACAGUUAUGCGGGAGGCGCAGUGUCUGCUCUGAAGAAAGUUAUCAACCAAUGCAAUCUCUCCUCUCUGUCCUCACAGACUAAACUGGCUCUACAGAAGCAAUUGACAAAAAAUUUGACCACCAGCUUCCUUACCUCCCCCAUAACUCCACCCACCCUCUGCGCAGUCACAGCCAAUCAUCUCGGACUGCGACACCCGCCGGGCACUACUUUCAUUCAGACGCCGAUCCUCGGCCCUGCCCUCUUUAGGCCAGCGCCCGGACCUCUGAGAGCAACACACACUCCCAUCAUAUUUUCCCCUUAUUGAUCACCUCGAAACCAUGCAAGCACGCUCUCACAACAAGGGGCACAUUCACGUGAUUUAGUCUUAUGAUCAGUUCUCAGUACUGACGGUCUCUGUGCAAACUUUGUCUGUGCUCCUUCUCUCUCCAAACUGUAUACACUUAAGUAUAUAAACACAAACACACACUCCCAUAGUGUUCCCUGUCCUCCUCAAAAACUGUGACUCUGAAAGAGUCACUCUUGAACUAUGCAGCAAAGGGAGAGAGAGUGUGUGAGAGGGAGAGAGAGAGCAAGACCAUAUAUGGGAAUAUGGGCGGGGCCUCAUUGAUAACACCAGCCCACUAUGCAGAUGAACGCUUUAAGAUAGGACAAGACUCAUAAAGGAGUGAAAGAGCUAUAAGAAGGAUAUUUAGUUUUGCUUUAUGAGAUAUUUAUCAUUAUACAGAUAUUAAUCAGGUUUUUAUUCUAGAAUUUAUUAGAGGAAAGAUAAUUUUAGAGACCUAUUACUGCAUUAGCUGUUUGUUUAGUGAGGAGAUGCAAACAUCCCUUUACUUGAUCCUUUUAUUUUUAAGUAUUUUAAAUUGUUAUCAGUCUGUUUUCUUGUCGUUCCACGUGGAUAUAUUGCCGUUGGUCUGUGUAUUCGCACACAUUUUGAGUAACCUCAUCUGACCGGCUUUUGUUAUAAACACAAAGCUCAUUGGUCUGUCAGUUUACAGAUGCCAAGGCUUUCUGUCAUGGGUAAUAACAGAAUAACACAGAGUACUAGUCUAAUAUAUGAACUUGACAGUUUGGUAGCAAGGCAACACACACACACACACUUGUCCCAAUCAGUGUCGUAAUUUUCUCAGUGUUGAUGCAUAGAUUAGAUGAUUUGAGAUUGCAGAUGCACACACACACACACAACCUCAGAUGAGAUGAUUACGGUUCAGUCACAGUUUGACGUGGCCUUUUAUGUCUGCAUAUUUUGCUCUCAGUAUUCCUUCUUUACGGCCUCACAAAGGUCAGUGUGCCUGUCAAAAAUCUGUCCACAUCCCAUCUUUAUUUAGAUCUAAAACGUUACCAUGUUAUUUUCUUGUGUGUGUGUGUCAUGAGUUCAGUACUCCUGAUCUUAUUCAGAAUAACAUUUUCGAUUCUAGAAGCAUCAUUGAUUUAUUUACAUAGAAGAGCCAUUGCCAAAACAUAAUGGCGGUCACUGAAAAUACAUCAGUACUGUUACAAUGAGGAUGCAGGUGUAAUUUCAAAUUACACUUGAAUAGCAACGUGUUAAAUUUCAGAUAUAUUAAACUCUCCUGCUACAAGUCUACACAAGUAUUCCUGUCAGUCUGAACCAGGUCACGUUGCUUUGCCUCAGAUGGUUUUGGAUGGACUAAGACUGAUUUUCUGUCUUCAGACAUGUAGAAUUAGACAUUACUGUUGAGUCUGUUGUUUGAUUGAAACCAUUUUUCACCAUUUUU